AUAGAAAGAAAGAAAGAAAGAAGAAAAAUAAAUUUAAAAGGGUCUUUUGAUUGGUCGGUACUAAUUGGUGAUUUUGUUGUUAAAAGCUGGGUGAUAUUAGUGCUCAAUAUAAGCAGCUGAUGACAAGUAGAAAGAAAGAAAGGAAAAUGAGGUCGUUAGUGGGAAAACAGUUCUAUAUAUUAUUCUAAUGCCAAUCCCAAUCCACCACACGUUGGAUUAUUUGCGCGGUUUAAUGUCAACGGUCUAAUAAAACCCACUUUCAGCAGCCAAAUAUAAAAACCCCAAACAUCAAUUUCAUAUCUGUCAACACCAUUUCUGUAACUUGGCAACAACGACAAAGCCAAACACAAUUUGAAGAGCUCAAGAAGAGGAGGAAAGAAGAGCAGAAUUUUGAAGAAAUGAAGCUGAUUUGGACUCCUGAAACAGCAUUAAAGGCUUAUAUUGAAACUGUUAAAUUAUGUGAGCUUUUUCAAGAAUCUGGAGUGGCUGAGCUUAUUUCGGCCAUGGCUGCUGGAUGGAACGCGAAACUUAUUGUAGAAACAUGGUCGCAAGGUGGAGUUAUGGCUACAAGCAUCGGCUUGGCUAUUGCUAGUCACCAGACAAAUGGAAGACACGUGUGUGUAGUCCCAGAUGAGCAGUCAAGAUCAGAAUAUAUUGAAGCCAUGGUAAAUAAGGCCAGGAUGUCACCGGAAGUUGUGGUCGGAGAAGCUGAGGAGGUUAUGGAAAAGCUUAUAGGAAUUGAUUUCUUGGUAGUGGAUUCACGGCGAAAGGACUUUGCUAGGGUUUUGAGGCUCGCAAAACUUAGCAACAGAGGUGCAGUUCUUAUUUGCAAGAAUGCUAGUUCAAGAACUUCCAGUUUCAGGUGGAGAAGCGUUAUUGAAGGAGGGUCUUCACGGCGGCUUGUUAGGUCUGUGCUUCUUCCGGUAGGGGAAGGACUUGAUAUUGCACAUGUAGCUACUAGUGGAUUAAAUUCAGGGUCAAGCAAAGGUGAAAAGAAAUGGAUCAAGCACAUAGAUGCACAAUCUGGGGAAGAACAUGUUAUUAGAAAGUAAUUUAUAACAGAGAAUCAUAUGAUUCUUGUUUCUAUUUUUUCUUUUUUUUUUUUUCGUUUUUCAACUUCUAGCUCGUUUUUUGCAGAGAAUUUAACUUGUAUAUAUAGUUUCUUGGUUGCUUUCCCCUCUUUGGCUAGGAUGAAACGUUCUGUUCACAAAUAUGAAUUACAAUAUAUAAGCAUAAUAUUUUCAUCUU